AUGGGCAGAAGACAAGAGGCAGGCAUCAUGGCGGCCGCCAUCUUCACCCUCCUGCUACUACCGAUGGCUGCUGCCAUCCCUGACUGCAUCCUGAAGAAGGAAGAAGCCAUGUGCCUGGAGAAGAUUGAGCGGGCCAACGAGAUGAUGGGGCUGAACGAGUCUUCCCCAGGUUGCCCUGGGAUGUGGGACAACCUCACGUGCUGGAGGCCAGCCAUCGUGGGACAGGUGGUGGAGGUUGGCUGCCCUGAACUCUUUCAGAUUGCCAAUGAAGGAGGAUUUGACUUAGAAGACAGUGAAGCUCUAGAUUCUUCUGAUACUGGGGUCGUGAGCAGGAACUGCACUGAGGACGGCUGGUCCGAGCCCUUCCCCCACUACUUUGAAGCUUGUGGAUUCGAUGACGAUUAUUUUGAGGGGGGAGGGAACCAGGAUUACUACUACCUGUCGGUGAAGGCGCUCUACACUGUGGGCUACAGCACCUCCCUGGUCUCCCUCACCACGGCCAUGGUCAUCUUGUGCCGCUUCCGGAAGCUGCACUGUACUCGGAACUUCAUCCACAUGAACCUCUUCGUCUCCUUCAUCCUGAGGGCGAUAUCAGUCUUCAUCAAGGACUGGAUACUAUACGAGGAGCAGGACAACAACCAUUGCUUCAUCUCCACUGUGGAGUGCAAAGCCGUGAUGGUUUUCUUCCAUUACUGCGUCAUGUCCAACUACUUCUGGCUCUUCAUUGAGGGACUCUACCUCUUCACGCUCCUGGUCGAGACCUUCUUCCCAGAGCGGAGGUACUUCUACUGGUACAGCAUCAUCGGCUGGGGCACACCGACUAUCUGUGUGACGGUGUGGGCCGUCCUAAGGAUUCACUUUGAUGACAGCGGCUGCUGGGAGAUGAACGACAACACGGCCCUGUGGUGGGUCAUCAAAGGCCCGGUGGUGGGCUCCAUAAUGAUAAACUUUGUCCUCUUCAUUGGCAUCAUCAUUAUCCUGGUCCAGAAGCUCCAGUCCCCAGACAUUGGGGGCAACGAAUCCAGCAUCUACCUAACAAAUUUAAAUCCUGGCUUCCUUGAGAAAUUCCAAGAGGACCCCCUGCCUCUGCCCUCAGACCAGCAUUCACUCCCUUUGAUCAACUGCGUGCAGAAAUGUUACUGCAAGCCAAACCGGGCUCAGCAGCACUCUUGCAAGAUGUCAGAACUGUCCACCAUUACUCUGAGGCUGGCCCGCUCCACGCUGCUGCUCAUCCCACUCUUUGGAAUCCACUACACGGUGUUUGCUUUCUCACCUGAGAACGUCAGCAAGAGGGAGAGACUCGUGUUUGAGCUGGGACUAGGAUCCUUCCAGGGUUUCGUGGUGGCUGUCCUCUACUGCUUCCUGAAUGGGGAGGUGCAGUCAGAAAUAAAGAGAAAAUGGCGGAGCUGGAAAGUCAACCGGUACUUUGCUGUGGAUUUCAAACACCGGCAUCCUUCCCUGGCCAGCAGUGGUGUGAACGGGGGCACGCAGCUGUCCAUCCUGAGCAAGAGCAGCUCACAGAUCCGGAUGUCCAGCAUCAAUGCUGAGAACCUGGCCACUUGAACAGCAGUCGAGAUGGCAGCCACGGCCACCCUCCUGUCCCUUUAUAAAAAUGAGUUGCA